AUGCAUAGCCAAGAGGUCCCUUACAGACACUUUAACAACUACGUGAAGAAAGUCCUCAUCCAGGAAGCCCUAGACCACGUCAAGGGGCGUUUUCCCGAGCUAACCGAUGUGGCGGUUUUGGACUUGGCGAGUGGACGUGGGGGCGAUAUCGGGAAGUGGUUUUACAUGAAGAGCCCUUCCAUUUCCGACGUGGAUUCUUCUGCCGCCACGAAAGCUCUGACGACCACCACCUACGAGUGCUACGAUGUCUCUGAUGAGGCCGUUGCCGAGGCUCGACGACGGUGCGACGCGAUGGUGUCUACCUCCUCAACCUCCACCUUUCAUGCCUCUUUCUUUGUAGCAGACUGCUUCAGCGCGGGCUUUUUGAAGCGCACGCUGCGAGAGUCGCCGUAUUUCGGGAAAUUCCACAUUGUGAGUAUCCAAUUUGCCUUUCACUACGCCUGUCGUUCUGAGGAGGCGAUAGAAAUGCUUCUGGAAAGUAUCUCGAGUGCGUUGGUACCGGGUGGUGUCGUGCUCCUGACGACGGUAAGCCAGGAUGAGCUCUCGGAGCGGGUGUGGGGCAAUCGAUUUGGCAAUUCGUUAUUCACAAUUAAACUCGCCACUGACGUGCCCGAGUGGUCCGCACCACGUGAGGGUGAUAAAAAAUUCUUGCUGCCGCUUGGAACGAAGUAUCAUUUCAAACUGGAGGGAUUUGUGGAUUGUGAAGAGUACGUGGUGCCGCUAGAGGUUGUGGAGAAGGUUGCCCGUCGAGUUGGGCUACAGAAGCUGGCGUCGCAUUCGCAACCGUUCCUCAACUUUUUCAACGAUUAUCGAAAGAGUUGGAAGAAAAAUAAAGGAAAUAGGCUCUCCGCUGAUGAGGUAGAGUUGGUAACGCUUUACUGCUCAUUGUUCUUUAUCAAGGAGUAA